AGGGCCGAUGGAAUGCGAGGCAGUAGUUGUGGAUUCGAAUGCUGUGAAUAUAGCGCAUCCUUACAUCCAUACCGAAGGUCUCAGCGCAGCGCUCACGGAUACCUCGCCUUCGACCAGUAAUGGCUCGGAUGGCAUGCAUAAUGAUGAUUGUCGCGUUCGCAGCGCGUCGCCCUGCAACAUCCGCGCUGCUAACGGUGACGAUUCGGGCCAAGCUGCCGUCUCUAUGAUGCUGUCGGAACCUCGACAUGAUCCUUUACCACAGGAGGGGAGAAUGACGGACAUGCUCCCAGCCAGAACCCUGCCCUUCGCGCAGGCUCAAGACUCGUCGCGCGAUGUGUGCACCCUGGGAGCGUCGCCGCGCAAGCUCGCCAUACCCGCCUACUAUUGGUCGCUUAUGCAGAUCCUACAGAAACAGCUCCAGGCGGGCGUGUGCUGCCCUAAACGAGAUAUCGUCGCCCAGGAGCUGGAGCAGCGAGACUGCAACGUCUUCGCGCUAGCAGGAGUUACAUGCUGGGAGGAAUACGCCGCUGCAGCUGCGCAGGACCACGUUGUCCAGCUGGGCACAUGGGAUGGAUACGCGUGGAUCACGCUGGAUCCUGCGUGGUACGGCCGUGUGCCCCGAGCUGCUCGGUAGGUCGGUGUGACCGCCGGAGAGUGCGCCGCUUGCUUCACGGUUACUGAAGUAUGUGCAUUGCUUUUUUUCUGUCUCGCGCACUGGCUCGCGACGUUGUCAACAUUGCUAAUGACAAUUGCUGUCUGAUCGAUUCGAAGAACAUGACUAGUUAGUCUGAAUGUAAUAAACCUAUGGAUGUCCUGUCAUAGCUUUGCUUCUGUCGUCUCGGAACACGAUUUAUAAAUUCGCUCC